GUCGAGAAGAUCGGGAGGCACAACGCUCGGGAUUAGCCGAAUGUGCCGAUAUGUGUUCACAAGCGCCUGUCACUCUGGUUCGUCUAUUACACUAAAUAAUCUGCGCUAUGUUUUUCUUUGAGUAGCGUCAAAGCCAUGUAUGUCAGCGAUUCUCAUGACACCUUCCUGAUUCACCGGGUUGUCUCCCUCCCACGAGUUUGUUAAGUUUUGUUGUGAGCGAAUCGGGAUGUAUUCAGUAACCAUACCGCAUACGGUGUCCGUCAUAACUCCAUUGUAUGCAUAUGACGCCUAAUCAAUGUGCGAAAACCUGAGUUCUCUACCGAUAAAGCGAGAGAAAGAUGGCAUGGGGCUCGUCGCCUGGGCAUGCAGGCCCACAACUCCAUGUUUAUAAAGACUUAUCCCCACACUCGGCAUUCGUUCACGGCCUUGUUCUACCUACUAUGUCUGUCAUGUCUGUGGACAUUGCUCUUGGUGCUAUCUGCCUGUUCACCCUAGGCUUAUGGGCUUAUUUGAGUAGGACCAUGCGAGAUCGCCUUCGACAGCCACCGGGACCUCCAGGUUUACCUCUUAUUGGAAACCUGAAGGAUAUGCCAUCAGAUGAGGCUUGGUUGACAUACAUCAAGUGGUCUCAACAAUACGAUUCUGGGAUGAUACGUCUCAAUGUCUUCGGGACGAAUAUGAUUGUGGUUAAUUCGUUGGAGAUAGCGGUCGAUUUGUUCGAUAGGAGAUCUUCUAUCUACAAUGACAGACCAAGGUUAAUCAUGCUGAAUGAGCUUUCUGGGUUUGGUUGGGGAGCAGCAUUUACGCCUUACAGCGAUUUUUGGAGAGCCAUUAGGAAAGCCUUCCACCAAACGAUUGGCCCGGAAAACAUGAAACGUUGGAUCGAUGUUGAGACACGUGCAUCUCAUCAUUUACUGAGAAACCUUCACGAAAGCCCCGAUUCAUUCGCGAAACACAUUCGCCAUUUCUCUGGUGAAGUUAUCAUGCGAUUGGCAUAUGGAAUGGAUGUACAACAAGAGGACGAUCCGUACAUCGAUAUCGCGGAGCGCGGUACGCAUGCGAUAUCGGCCACUACCAACGCGGGUUCCUACCUUGUUGAUGUGAUACCGAUAUUGAAAUAUGUGCCUGAAUGGUUUCCCGGAGCCAAGUUCAAACGAGAAGCUAAGGCAUGGCGUAUGUUAGCAACGGCAAUGUUAAACCAGCCGUUCGACUUUGUGAAGAAACAAUUGGAGUUGGGGGAUCUUCCAUUGUGUGCAGCGUCCUUACUUCUUGAUCGUAUGGAUAACGAGGCGCAAGAUCGAUUGGAUGUAGAAUCAGUGUUGAAAUCUACAUUGGGAUCGAUGUAUGCUGCUGGAGCAGACACUACGGUAUCCACUCUGUUGUCCUUCAUCUUGGCCAUGGUCCUCCAUCCCGAAAUACAAAAGAAAGCUCACAAAGAAGUCGAUCAAAUCCUGGGGGCUCGACGUCUUCCUAGUUUCAGCGAUCGACACGCGCUGCCUUAUAUCGACGCAAUCGUCAAUGAAUGUCUACGGUGGCAUCCUGUAAUUCCUCUCUCUGUACCCCAUCGACUAAUGCAGGACGAUGAAUACAAAGGGUACUUCCUUCCAAAGGGUUCUUUACUCAUUCCAAACUCAUGGGCAAUUUUACAUGACGAGAAUGUGUAUCCAAACCCUCUUAUCUUCAAUCCGGACCGAUUCCUCAAGGAUGGUGUUCGGAACCCAGAUGUUCCUGACCCUGAAGUAUCUUUUGGUUUUGGAAGGAGACUUUGCCCUGGACGUUUCAUGGCGAAGGAGUCACUGUGGAUUGCAAUUGCAUCUCUGCUUGCAACCUUCGAGUUCCGGAAAUCCAUUGGACCGGACGGCAGUCCCAUUACACCUGAAGAAGAAUAUAUUCCUGGAUUUCUCAGUCAUCCGAAACCUUUCCCCUGUGACAUUCGCCCGCGAUCAGAGGAACGCGUAGCUCUUAUUUUGACAAAUGAAAGUGACGCUUAGACCUCGGCUUUUGUUCUUCUAUGCAAUGUUCAAAAAAUGUGGUAAAACAAACUCCGGAUCCGAGGAGCAUUAGACAUCCGUUGGAGGAAUAUAGAAGCCGGAGAAGUAUCUAAGCACAGCUAUAAUCACGAUCGUCUUCGUAAGGUGAUUCACGAUCCGCAUUGAGAGCGUAGCCUGCCAUGGCAUCAGUGUUAGCAAAUGUACGUACUGCCAUGAGGAAAGUUUGUGAGUGUUUGGUCGUUGCUCCUAGCACUCACUAUUCGC